AUGGAUGCCUCAUCUUCAACACAAGUACUGACUGGACCCGCACAACAACGAAGAAAAUCUCAUGGAAAUCAGGGAUUGAGACGUUAUCGAAGAAGAUGCUGUAUUCGAGGAAUGAAUGAAGCAGAAACCGUUCAGAUAUCAUCAUUUCGAAAGCAACUACUACGUCGUCGUCAACGUUCAUCAGCGUCAAAAAAGAAUACCGUCGACGUAUGUCCACAAGUGAUUCUGGAUGUUGGCCAUGUUCCAUUGAAUGCAGCCCAAUUGAAAUAUCUCUCACGAGGUCCAGGCUAUAUUAGGCCGAAUCAAAGUUCUCUUCGGCCCUAUCAUCGACAAAUGAAUCGUGUGAAAAAAGAAGAAACUGAGCUCAUGAAUAAAAUUCUCAAGUUUUUCUCUGAGAAUCAUUAUAUGCCACGGUCAUUGCCAAUUUUCAAGCAAUAUGCGGCACAACUUCAUGAUUGUCUUGUACUUCGUUACACGGCAUCGUUAUCCUUUACCGAUCAAAUCCAAGCUCGACGAGAGUUCAAUCUUACUAAACUUAUCCGGCGAAAAUUUAAGCGAAACAAACUGAUCCUUCGCGAAACAGAUAGGAGCGGUGUUUUUCAUGUCGGACGAGCAAGUGAUUACGAGAAAAAAGCAGCUAUGUAUCGCAUAAAAACCGGUGCUUAUGAAGAACUUCAUUCCAACCCGUUCGAUGAGAUAUUUACCAAAGUUGAAGGGACACCGCUUCGACCCAUCUCAAACACAAAACGUGCUGCCACAACAGGCAUCUCGAAGUAUUUAGAUCAAAUUAUUCGACCGUUAUUUGAUAAAUAUGCUAAAAGCACUACCAUUGUCGAUGGCGUCGACCUACUCGACAAACUUCAGAGAUACAUUGCAGCAGGUUAUCUCACAGCAUCAACUUUGUUUGUGACAUUCGAUAUUAUUGAUCUUUACACGAUGUUACCUCAAGAAGAGGCCCUUGCAAUUCUUGCAGAAUUUCUUCAUGAACACGGAUGUGAAAAAGUGGAGAAAAUUUCAAUUGAGACUAUCAAAUAUUAUCGACAAGUCAUUGGUGGUGCAAUGGGAUCACCGUUCAUAUUAACGUUGGCUAAUAUCUUCAUGUGGAAAUGGGAAAAACAAACAAUAUUAUCUAAAAUAUCUAAUGUUGAAGUGUAUGGCCGAUAUAUUGAUGAUAGCUUUUAUACAUCGAAUGAAACUGCAGAGAAAGUUCAAGAAAUAUUAGAAACAGCAAAUCGAUUGCAUCCAAACAUUAAGUUAACCUGGAAAAUAAGCAAAGCUGUUUCAUUUCUCGAUCUUUGCAUCAGUAACAAUGACGGUCAUCUUUCGUCAUCCGUCUAUCAUAAACCAAGAUCUGAACCAUCACUUGUUCCAUUCUUAUCUGAUCAUCCUCGACAUGUAUUUCGAAACAUUGUACACACUGCCCUUAUGCGAGCGAUUCGGUAUUCAUCAUCAUUCGAACUAUUCGACGACGAACAGCGUUCCAUACGUCUACUGUUACUUUACAAUGGGUAA